AUGUCAACACUUAAAGCACACAUCAAUGGCAGGAAUGAGUCUUUUCCUCCCCUACUCCUCUUCUUUGCUCAUGCUCUUCAAGACUCUCAACAGUCAGGAAGUCCAAGCAACAAUGAGCCUGGCAAGAACCCUCCAGUUUACUUGGAAGAGAGCUUUAUUAAAUCAGGGGUCUUUAGUGUUUCGGAGCUGGUGAGAGUAUCCAGAACUCCUAUCACACAGGGUUCAGGAGUGAACUUCCCUAUGGCUGACAUGCCAAGUCAGCCAUAUUAUCAAGAACUGAACUCAGGAGUGAGUUUACACCGGUCCCUCUCAUCUCCUCCUGGCAGUAAGCGGCCUAAGACCAUCCAAGAGGACAGUAUGGAGACUAGUCCCACCGGGCCAGACUUCUACCCAUCCCCCAGUUCACCGGCCAGCAGACCCUGGCAUGAGAGAGACCAAGCAGACAUGUCCUCUCCCAGCAUGAAGAAGCCAGAGAAGACAUUAUUCAGUCCCACAUCUCCACAGGACUCUUCACCUCGACUCAGCACCUUCCCCCAGCACCACCACCCAGGACUGACCACCGUUGGCCAUAGUGUAAUUUCCACUAGGAGUCCACCUCCGCAUUCUCCGCUGCAGUUUUCCGGCCCUGGCAUCCACCCCUCAGCGCCCUACAUCUCUCAUGGCGCCAUCCGCUACCCACCGCACCUCAACCCACCCGACUCCCUCAAGAACUACAUGCAGUCUUACGACCCGUCCAGCCCACAGAGCAGCCAGCCGAACAGCAGUGGUCAGGUACUGGGGAAAGUGCCCGGUCACUUCACGCCAGUACUGGCCCCCUCGCCCCACCACGGCACGGUCAGACCAGUUUCUCUCUCGAUGGCUGACACCAAGCCAAUCACCACAUCAUCAGAAGGUUAUUCGGCUCCAGGCACCCCCACUGCCAACCGUUUUGUGGGACUGAGCUCCAGAGACCCAGCCUUUCUUCACCAGCAACAGCUGAGGAUUUGUGACUGGCCCGUGAAUCAAAACAUCAGGUCAUAUGGCUCAGAGGAGGCUUUGGGGAUUUCUUGGCAAAGUCCUGGUACCUGGGCGAGCUUAAUUCCAUUCCAAGUGUCGAACGGGACUCCGAUUCUGCCAACAAAUGUCCAGAAUUACAGCAUAAACAUCAUUGGUGAGCCCCUCCUCCAGGCAGAAUCAAGCAAUUGAACUGGACCCCGGAGAGACAGGUCCUCGGACAAACCAGCUAACAGCACUUAUACAAUCGACAUGGACCUUUGUCCCACCCUCUCAAGGACAUUGGCUUAGAGCAGUAGAGUGAGUCGGGUCAAAGUGUUCUCUUCUGACAUGAGCCUCUCCAAACCAGUCAGUCAUUGUGUAAGGAGGCCCCUGAACUGAGAUACUGUGAUCUUUACCAUACAAAACUUUAGAUGCCUUACUGUAUAUGCAUGACAUGCUAGUCUCUCUUGUUAGUGUUUCUCUUGUUCUUAUGUCACGAUUGCUAGUCUUGGUUUACGAAACGAUUUUAGAGGGGGCUGGCCACACAAGGGCUGGCUGGCUGGAUGGUUUGUAAAGCGGGCUGCAUUUCGAACAAACUUUCAGCAAACAGAGGUUUAUCGUAUUCGUAACGUAAACAUAGGAACAAUUUUCAAUGAACUGAAUGUUUCUAUUUUCAUAUUACCCUCAACAUGUAAUGUACCUACGGUGGAAAAUCUUUUGAAUCUGUAAUCUUGUCAGUCCUGUACUAAUUUCCUUUAAAGGUAAAGGUUGGAAUUUACUCUCCAGAGUUGAGAACUCUGAAAACCUUUUUUUUUUUUUCCUUCAAUGAAAGAAAAAACCUAUAAUACUAGUUAAGAAAUACAACCCCUUUUUUCAUUUUCAUUUUUUUUUUGUUAUAUAUAUUUCCUUUGAAAAGGAUUUUGAGAAAAAUAAGACAAUAUCUCAUAAGAGGCAAGUGCAAUUUAAAUGAUUUUACUGAAGGGAAGCUAUCAUAGUCUGUCUGCCCUAAGACUCUAAAGGAAUGGGGAGUAAAUGUUUUUAGGUGAACUUUAAAACAUAAAAAAAAAAAAAAGAAAAAUGAAAUAAAAAUCACAUCCUUGAUUUGGGAAACUAGGGAAACGAAGGGUGGAAGAGAAGAGUGGGAUUAACAGUGAACGUUUACGUGAACAGAACUGAACACGAACAAGACAGCACUUAUUUUGAGCCGUACCCAAACAUGCGGGUAGUUUUUUUUUUUUUUUUUUUUUAAUUUAUUAAAAUGAAAACUUAAAGUUAAACUUUGGGGGAAAAGACUCAGACACAGCGUGUGUUAAAUGGCGUAUUUUGACAUAAUACUCACAGAUCUAGUAUGCAUGUUUAGUCGGCCGUUAGCUUGUAAAGCUACUGUUUACACUUUGAUAUCAUGAGAAACAAGAGGAACGCUGAGUAAUUUAAUGUAAACAAAUUGUGUAUGUGUGAAAAGCUGUACUCAUUUCAACACUAACCUGCAGGUUGAGGCGAGGUCUCAAGGUGCUUAUUUCAAACCCACUUUGGUAGUCCCCAACAGACGCGGUCCCAGAAAUCGUCGAUUGCUCCCGGCAUUCACAAUGCCAUUGCCUCUCCAAUCAGACAUAUUUAUAUAAUCAAUCUUUCCAAUAAUCUUAAUUUGCACGAAAAUAUAUAGUCCACAUUACGUGCCUUGCCUUCGACUUUAGAGAAAACAUCACUACACUUGUUUUUGCUGCAUUUAUUAUCGUUUUUGGGAAAAAGUAACAUUUUUAUGAUAAGAAAUAUUUUGUACUCUGGAUGAAAUUGUGACAUUGUUGAUUUUUAGCUUCAUUUACUACUUUAUCUCACAUUUACAGUGCGUAUCAAGGCUGUGUAUAGUUGCCGUUCUAAAGUUUAUAAUCAACCAGCAAUUUUUUGUUUUCCGUAUUUUUGGUGGUUGUCAUUUUUUUGAUUCUGUUUUAAUCAUUUGUUUCUCCAUCUUCCAGUCAUUAUUGGGGAGGGCGGGUCCAGACUUUUAAGAAUUAUGCAAUACCAAGUUUUGCCUAUGUAGGUAGUGCUUUUAGCUAUGUGGAUUAUUAGAAGCUAGUACAGAAAUACAAAUAGUGUAAACAUUUAUUUUGUUGAUGUUGUUGUUGUUGUUGUUGCUGUUGCUGACGUUGUUGUUGUUAUUUUCCUUAUUUUUUUUUUUUUUUCGUAUUUGACCAAAGUGGGAACUGCUUUCUAUGCAGUGUGCGGCAAAGUCUUAUUUCCCUUGAGUGUACCUAAAGGCAGAGAAGUGCGCGCGAGAAACCUUUGUUUCGUAUUCUCUAUAAAGGGAGGACUUUUUUCCCACACAUUGAAGCAUGUCUGCAAAGAAGGCACCAUUUGGUCUAAUACGGCUGCAAUUUGUCUACUGUGACUAAAAAUCUCCUUCUAAACUUCCCACCUGGGGUGCUAGUUUGACCUUUAGUAGAAGACAACGUUCAUAGAGGAGACAGCUUGACUUGGGAGUGACAAUCACAGGCGAAUUACGCACACUAAGGAAAAGUAUUAAAUGCUGGCAUCCUUUAUGUUCACCACCCCGUUCCCCCCGUCCAGUAAAAAAAAAAAAAAAAAAACAUAGCUAUAUGCAAUUCCCAAGUAGAUGCCUUAAAUUUUUACAAACAAGUGACUUGUUAUAAAAUGCGCUACAAUCACGGUCACGCAAGUUGCUGCGUGUUAAAUCUGUCACAAUCAGGAAAUAUCAGUGUUUCUUAUUCUUCCCUUUUGAAGUGCUCAAAUUUACAGCCUUAUUGAGGUUGUAGUCUGUAAAACAAAAACCCCCAUGGGGAGAAUCGGUUUUUAUAGUUAUCUCAUGUUUUUAUAAUUAUGUUCGAGUUGUUAUAGACUUCGGUGAAAGGGAAUAAUUUAAUGCUCUUAUGGUCUUGAGGAUCAAGGGGGAAAAAAAUGGGUUUGCACCUACAGCAUAUAGGCAAUCAUCCACCCAUAGUGUCUUUCAAUUAAAUACAGAACAACAAAAACUCAGGCGUUUUGCUUCACAGGGCAUUACCAGCAAUUAAUAAUAACAAUUAAAUCCCCCUCACAUCACCAUGGUUAAGAAUUGUAGCUCUUGCGUUAAUCACUAUUCAGUCUUUUUCUGAGACCUCAAGUCAAGCUGAACUCUCCUCCUCCAUCCAAGAUGUUUAUAUAUAGAGUAAGCUAGAGUCACCCCGUUCAAUGUGCACUGUUCCGUCAUUUUGUUGUUUUUGAUUUGCAAAAAAAAAAAAAAGAAAAAAAAAGUGCUUUGCAGCCUUCUGACCGUUGGCGAUGCCACUGAAGUGCAUUGUGCAUUUCCUCCUGAAGUGGUGGGAGUGUCAGGGUCAUAGAGUCAUUCUUGUGUUCGAAACCGUGAAGGAGGGCGUAGGUAGGGGUCAUCUCGAUGGCCAUCGUAAUAGCAAUAGUUUUCGGUAGUAGUCAUUAUGGGUUAAAAUCUGCUCUGGCAGCUAUGUGAACUGCGCGUGUGUGUGUGUGUGUGUGUGUGUGUGGAUGAAUACGUCAGAGUGCGUGUUUCAAGAUGACUCUGACACUACGAGAGGAGAGUACAUGAGGGUCUUCUAUUGAAAUGCCUGCCUUUUUGACAAAAGUGUGUACACUGUAAAUUUAUUUCUUCUCCCCAUUUGUAAAAAAGAAAAACUUUUGACGUGUAUUCGUGAAUUUUAGUGAUGUCCAUAUUUUUUAGUGAAACAAAAAAAAAACAAACAAAAAAUUCGAACCUGUCUUGAGUUCAGAUUUGUGUUACGACUCAACGGCUGUCCGAUACAUAAGAGGUUGAAUAUGUAAUUGUUUAUUUUUAUUUUCCUGUACUUAUAAAGUGGAGUGAAUUCCCGUAUGGGACUGUAAAUGUUUUAAACAAAAUGAUGAAGGUCUUUUGUUGUAUUUCGUGUUGAUUAACUUGGAUCCUUGAGACAUUUCAUAAAUGUUUGAAGUGUUGGUUUGUUAGUGUGGCCAUAGAGUGUGUGUGUGUGUGUGUGAUGUGAUUAUGUGAUAUUGAAAAUGAGACAAGAAAUAAUGUUCAAAUUUGUGCUAAAUAGGGUCGUUAUUUGUUCUUUUGAACCGUUUGGGAACUCCUAGUCACUUUAGAAGCAAGGCACCAGAUUUGAGUCUCCCAACAACAACUACCAGGGUAAUGUCGCUACACGACAUCACAGAUUGUUCUGCUGUCUUGUGAAAAAUAGAGCAUGCAUUAUUUCCCCCGCGUCAAUAGAGGCUGACCCACCACACCAUGUACAGAAUUUGCCAUCCGAAAGUCUGAGAUUUUUCUGCUGCACGUAGGCACCUCCAUUCUGCAGUGUUUACAUGUGUCCGCCAUGGGCAGGGAUGAAUGCUGCAUAGUUUUCAGGGCAGGCUCGGUACUCUCAGAAGCCUUUGUGUGCACCCACAGAUGUCUUUUUCAUGUUGCCAUCACUGAGGAAAACAGCUGAGCAUUUGCACUUUCUGCAGUUCCCACUACCCCUUUCAUUGGCACAUUUGUUUGUUGUUUGGAUUACGUCUAGCUAGCGAUGAUGCUCCGAUUAGCCUCGGAGCUACAAUUAGAUAGUGUUUGUAUCUAGUCGGACCGAAUGUUGUCACGGGAGCUCGGAGCACUUCCCCUCACCACAGCAAACAAUGUCACCAGGCUUAUACAACGAUCAGAUUAAACCUUAUUUCUGGCUAGAAGUAGCUGUAUAGAGUAGUUUCAUUUUUCAAAGGGCUGAUCUUUUUGAAAAUAGUUUUUGUUGCAGAAUUCAGAUAUUGAAAGCAGUAAGAUGAUGGCCUGGUCAAGUUGGGAAAGCCAUGGUCCAUGGCCCUAGAGAAGCCACAUGUUUAUAACUUAUGCAAGGAGGACCAGUGGAACUCAUGCAAUGUCUAUUUUCAGCUCUUCUGUGUGUCAGUGCAGGGAAACGGCAGGACAUCUACUCUCAUAUUUCCAUUUCUAGGGCAUUUACAACAGCAUGAGUGAUCAUUGACAUAAACAGGAACAUAAAAACCAGCAUAUUAUGAGACGUUUACCAAAAAAAAAAAAAUAAAUAAAGGAAAAAAUAUUUCAAGCAGUGCCUGUUUCAGCUCAAAGUCUCAGUGGACUUUCCCUUGUAAAUAUAAAAACAAGGAAUUUUCUUUAGGGAAUACAAAAAAAAUUCUUCAAUCAAAAUAGAUUCUAUGGGAUGCCUCUUCCCAUGUUUUUUAUCCAGCAAACGUUUCUUUUUUUUUUUUCUUUUUUUUGUCCUGGUCCUGUGUUUUGUGCUUUUGUGCUUUCUUCAAUUUUGAAUAAUUUAGUCAAAUGGGAUACCCCAGUCUCUAUUUCACGGAGAUCAAGUAAUAGUUGGGCAGUGUGUUUCUCUAGGCUACACUUAGUACUACAAUAGAUGACAAAAAAAUGUCAGAUCAAAAAAAAAAAAAAAAAUGCCAGCUCCACAGCAAAGUUGUUUAUUUUUUUUUUUCCUUUGCUUUUUUAAAGGGGGGAGGGGGUCUUGUGGCACUUUUAUGCCCGUUACAAAUUCAGUUGUAUUGUGUUAAGUGGGUUUAUAACAUGACAACAACAACACUAACACCAACAAAUGUUAUUAAGUCGUAACAGUUUUUAGUAGUGAUUGUGGAAACAACAGUUGUAUGCAAAUAUUACUGUAUGUUCUGAAUGUACAUUAUAGAAUCACUUUAUCAAGUUUUUGUGUUUUUACUCACAGUUAAAGAAGCUGUAUAGUGAAGGCCUUUUUUUAUUUACUGUCGAUUUUGACUUUUUUCAUUUUCACAGCUAUAAACAGUAGGCAUUGCCUUGCCUUCGAGUUGGUUGAAUUUGGUGCGGGGGCUAAAAAUGCCACAAGAUUACAAAUGAGUGUAAAUAACGCUUGACUUUUUUGUGAUUGUUACUGUUAUAUCCAGCCUAUACUGCUAGCAGCUGUUUUUACUGCAGUCAAUUACUGGAAGUGGAUAUAUUUCCUAUGCAAAACUGUUUAAACAAUAAAAUGAGCUAUGCUACAAA